AUGCUUCACAAGAUGUUCCUCACGUUUAUUGUCCCUGAAAUAGAGUAAGAGUAUAGAAUAAAUUAUUAACCAUAUAUGAUAAAUGAAUAUAAGACAUUGACAACCCUCAUUUUGUUUGUUGGAACAUUUAUUGUUUUGUCCUUCAUUAGCGAAUCUAAUUACUAUUAUGCUCUAUACGGUCUUAUUUGUAGUCUCCCUGUCAUACUUUCAAGAUAUUUUGUGAGUAAAUAUCCUUAAUUUUCCAAUUUCGUUUAUCCUUUUUUGCAAAUUACUGUGACAUUUAUCUAUAACAUUUUCGCCUUGAGCAAAAACUAGGACAAUAUACCAUAGAUGUAUUUCAAAUAUUAAUGGUAUUACGGAUUCUUUGCAGCGAUUAGCCACAUAUGCAUAUAUUUAUAAGGAACAAUUUUGUGUUUCUAGACUGUAACAAUGAUUGGAAUUUUGGUUUGGCAUAUAUCUAGAUUUGAUUUCUCAAGUCCAAAUGGAGCUUACAUAACCGUUUAGAUAGUCAUCGUAUUUGUGGUGGUGUUUUUCUGUAGAAGGGAACAAGAAAGAAAUAAGAGAUUAAGUUAUUUAAAAUACAGGGAAAACAUGAAAUGGUACUAAAUUAUGGACAAAAUUGUUAAAAAGUGGACAAUGUUUGUUCAAUUCGAUAAAUCUUAGGAUUAAUUAUAUUUAGUACAGUAAUCCAAAGCAGCUCAAUCUGAAUUUAUGAUUUAAAAUAACUAAGAAUUUCGUUUGUUUUUACGAAAUACUUAAAUUGAUUAAACAAGUUCCCAAAGAACCUAAUCAGGUUCAAUUACUUUGGAAGACAUCCUUCUAUAACUUCUGAGCAUUAAGAUUUGCAAAUUUGAUACUAUGAAUAGUCUCAAGGAUUCCUUAUAUUAUACAUAUGUAGGAUAUCAAUAAAACACAGGAAGGUAUUUGAAGGUGAAAUUAGUGGAGUAUUAUUUAUCAGACUCAAAAAUGAUUGUAAUGAUUCUCUAGAAUGAGAAAUAAUAAUGUAAAGAAGUUUGUCAAAAAUAUCUUGCCGUUGAGAAUUAUUUUAGAUGUUUGACAAAUAAAUCUCUAAAUUUGAUUGAAAAGACUGCUAAAGUAAUUUCUUAUAAAUACUUGAAUCUUCAUAACCUAAUAGACGAUUAUAACUACUUUAAUGCUGCCUUUAUAUGGUUGAAUGCCAGCAAAUAUGUAUAAAAUAGAAGCUAGGUGAGUGUUAAUAAAGUGGAAGAUCAACUCAAGAAGAUAUUUUAAAAAUCAAUUUAAAUUCAGUUUAAAAGCGAAUAAUGUUCUUUCCAAUCAUCUCUUCAAGUCAUAAUGUUUAUAUCUGUCAAUCUUAUUAAAUUUAUACAAUCUCAAACUAAAUCUAAUGUAAUAAUGAAAAUAUAAGAGUAAUUGAUAUAGUAGGUUAGAUGCUUUGAAUUUUCUUUUGAAGCUGAGGAGUUAAAAAUUAGAUAAAAUUUAGUUCAUUUGUUCCAGGAGAAUAAAUAUUAUUAAAAACAGCAGUCAUAAUUAGAUGAUUAAAAUUUUAAAAGAAUUAUGGACUCUUAUAUAAACUUUCUAGAAAUAAUGGAUUCAAGCAAAUCAACUUGCUUAGUUUUUGCAAUAAUAAAAUUUCUACUAUCUCAUUAUGGAUUAACAAAUAGAAUUCAAUAUUAAAAAAAUUAAAUCAAAAUUAGCUUUAUAGAUUUAGAUUCAAUGCCAGGCUGUUUAUUGCAAUAAUGA